GCCGGCGCGGUGCCCGGGCAGGGGCGGCCCCUGGCAUCGCGGUGCCCGGUCGGAGAGGCCAGCUGGCUGCCUGUCGCCUGCCUCGCUCGCUCGGUUGUCCGUCCGUCCCGUCGGAUCCUGUCGGUGCCGUCGGUCGCGGGGGGGUCCCGAUGGCCAGCGCGGGCUUGCAGCUGGUGGGCUACUUCCUGGCGCUAGCCGGCUGGGUGGCCACCAUCUGCGCCUCGGCCCUGCCUCAGUGGAAGCAGAGCUCGUACGCCGGGGACGCCAUCAUCACGGCCGUGGGGCUGUACGAGGGUCUCUGGAUGAGUUGCGCUUCGCAGAGCACUGGCCAGGUCCAGUGCAAGCUGCACGAGUCCCUGCUGUCGCUCGACGUUCAUAUGCAGACUUCGAGAGCUCUAAUGGUGGUCUCCAUUCUGCUGGGCUUUGUGGGGGUCGUCGUCAGCGUGAUUGGAAUGAAGUGUACCAAAGUCGGGGACAAGAACCCCGUGACCAAAAGCUGGAUUGCCGUCUUGGGUGGAGUCUUCUUCCUGCUCGCAGGUUUGUGCACAAUGACGGCUGUUUCAUGGUACGCGACACGAGUGACGGUCGAAUUCUUUAAUCCGAGCACGCCAGUUAAUGCCAGGUAUGAAUUUGGGCCUGCUCUGUUCGUCGGAUGGUCGGCGGCCAGUUUGACCCUGCUCGGAGGGUCUUUCUUGUCCUGUUCGUGCCCCAGACCGGAAGACAGAGGACAACAGUACUAUCGACAAGCGCAGCCUUCGACGACUAGAGAACCCACUGUAAAAAGGGGAGAUCAGUGCCUAUAAUGUCUUCACUUCUGUCGGGGGGAAAGAAGUAUUUAUGUCCUGAGUAUUCCCUUCAGAAAGUCCAAAUAUGGCUGUGUCAAGGAAUUUUUUUUUUUUAACAUAGCCCCAAAAUCCAUUUUCUAUACUGGAUUGAAAACUGAGGCUGGGAUGUAUUCUUCUUAUAAUUUAAACUUUGUAUUAACUUUUCUACUGCACAGCGUCUACUGCUUGACGGCUCUGAAUUUCAGAACGCUUUUGGUUGUAAUGGUUUGUACUAAAAUAUUAAAAUGUGUUUUGGCAGUGGCCAGCUUUUUAAAA